AUGAAAUUUGGUGAUGAUGAAAUAUGGGUUAAUCACCCCUAAUUCGUUUGUCUUAUAGCAAAAUAAGACAAUGAGUAGAAUAAGUUAAUGAUUACAAAACAAGGGAUAAAUAGUAUUGAUAAUGAAAUAAGAGAAGAAUAUGUUGAUGAAAAAUCAAAUAUUAAAGUCGAUCCAUUAGCUAAAAAAGGAGUUAGUGAUUUAUUAGUAAGAUUAACAUUAAAAUUAGCUCUUAAAUGAAUUAAAUGAAUUUAAUUGUCUUCAUGGAAUAAGAAUGAGAUAUUCUAACAAAUUUAUUUAUACAUAAAUAGGUGCUCCAAUUUUAGUAGCCAUUAAUCCAUAUUAAUAUGUUCCUGAAUUUUAUGAUGAAAAAAUGGUAACAUUCUUUAAGAAAGAAAUGGGAAGGAUGCAUUAGUAUUCAUAUUCUAUAAAUUAGAAUUUCCAAAGAUAUUCUUUAACAAAAAUUAAGAGAUAUAGACCCUCAUCUCUAUAAAGUUGCUUAAAUGUCCUUAGAUCAACUGUUUGAAGAGUCUACAAAAACUAAUCUUAGAAUAUGCUCAAUGAUUAUAUCUGGAGAAAGUGGAUCAGGUAAAACAGAAUCAACUAAAAUUAUUCUAAAAUAUUUAGCUGCUGAAUCAUUAGGUUAGAAGUCCAAAACACCCUCUAUAGAAUAAUAAGUUUUUGCUUCUAAUCCACUUUUAGAGGCAUUUGGAAAUGCAAAAACAGCAAGAAAUGAUAAUUCUAGUAGAUUUGGAAAAUUCAUUCAUUUAUAUUUUAAUCCUGUCACCAAAAGAAUUUCUAAUGCAAAAAUUGAUAACUAUUUAUUGGAAAAAAGCAGAGUUGUUAAAUUAAGUUCAGUUGAAAGAAAUUAUCACAUUUUUUAUUAAUUAAUUGCUGCUCAAAUACCUGAACUAAGUAAGUAAUUAUAUAACCUUUAGAACUUGGAUAAGCUAAAUAGUACCAUUAUUUAAAAUAAGGAGAUCUGAAAUACAAUAAAAAUGAACUUGAGGAAUUCAAAGAAACUAGUGAUUGUAUGGAUAAAAUGAACUUUACUCACGAAGAAAAACAAUAUAUUUUUUAAGCUCUUGCUGGAAUCUUACAUUUAGGAAACAUCUCUAUAUAAGGAGAUGCAAAUAAGUCAUUCAUAAUUGAAGACUUUUCUUUGAAAGCUUCUUGUUAAUUAUUAGGACUUGAUUCUGAGGAUUUGAUUAGAAUAAUUUGCAAAGUUCAAACAGUUAUGGGAAAGGAAGUGAUUAUGAAAGAAAAUAAUAUAGAGGCAGCCAGUAGUGCAAGAGAUACACUUGUUAAGCAUAUUUAUGAGAAAUUAUUUAAUUGGUUAAUCCAAAGAGUUAAUGUAUAACUUAAAGCUUGUGGUUAAGGUUAAGUUUAAGUUCAAUAAAAUACAUCUUAGUACAUGAUUGGUAUUCUAGAUAUUUUCGGUUUUGAAAUAUUUACAGAUGAAUAAGGAAUAUAGACUAACAGUUUUGAAUAAUUAAAUAUUAAUUUUACAAAUGAAAAACUCUAAUAACAUUUUAAUUCACAUAUGUUAGAAACUGAAUAAAGUAUCAUAUUUAAUUCUAUCAAUUUUAGGUGAAUAUANUUUACCUUCCCGAAAGCGAUUCAUUCAUGGAAAAUCCUUUUAAAAUGAACCAUUUGAAAGAACCAAUGGCUUAGCCUAUUGGUUUUGUUGUAUUUUGCUGGGGCCUUGA